GGGUCCUCCGCGGUAACUGAUAGCGCUGGGAACCUUGUCGUUGCCUGCAACUACCGAAAACGACAGUCUUCGCCAGGAGUUGUUGCAUUUUGAUUUUCUCAUGUUCCCUGAUCCUUAAGUCAGGUGUCCAUAUAUUCCAAGAUGGCAACGGCACGCUCUUUAGGCGCUCUAUUACGAUCGCUCCAAUCCCCAUCUGAACUCCAUGAUGCUUUUGCCUUGCUCCCCACGGCAACCGGCCUCUUAUCCGUACUCGCAAACCCUCUAAAUAUCAGUUUACUUGCGUCGCAAUUGCUUGUCGCCCCCGCUAUAUGGGAUCAUGCAGUCGACCUCCACGCUUGCCGGAAAAUACUCAGUGUAUUCCACACAGCAGCCAUGGCAAUCAUCCGGAAUGAAGAGUCGGACGACCCUAGGAUACCAUACACCAAACCAGUUAAAAUAGAACGAGAAGCAUGGGUUAAAGCAGUCGUCAAUGGAGCGGACGAGAAGUCUCCGCGUUGGAGGCAUCUGCUCUUAAUUGGGGGGAUCUUGCUGGGGUUUGAAGGACAAGAUAGGCAAGGAUUGCCUCUGAGUGUUCGUAAAAAGCUUGAAUCCGCUUUGGUGACUGCCGCGCAGCUGGCUAUUGAAGAGCUAGAUCCUCACAACAAGAUCGAUGGCCUUUGUAUCACCAUGGUCUUGAAUUAUACAUUUCAGUUGCUGUCCGACUUUGAGAGAAGCAAGAUCAACUACGAUCGACUAUUGCCGGUAAUGAUAGAUGCCACAUAUUCUUCGCCGGAGGGUCUCGAGGCAGGGUACUUCCUAGGGACAAUUGAUAAAGAUAUUGUUGAAGCACCGGGGAAGCGCUUCCAAUGGUCAUUAGAAUCUGAUACUUUCGUCCGCGUGACGGCGAUUUCCUCUAGCCCCCUCAUCUCGGCGCUAGGGCCACUGUCCCGGCUUAUUGCACAUGCGGUUGAAAAUACGCAGGACCCAGGGCUCGUUGCGCGGUCGGUUGAUCACAUUGCGGAUUUUGUCCGCACCUUGAUGGUACAAUGGCGCCAGAACAAGUUAUCGGAGAUCGACAGAGCUGAGGAAGCGGAGUUCCUGGACGCAGAAUCAUUGAAGACAACUAUCCCAAGCUUAUGGAAACUACUUCGCAACUGCUUAUAUUCGAUCGUCAUUGUUCUUAGAGCUAUCCUAGGAAGAGUCAUUAACGAUCCUAUUUUGGCUGCGAACAGAAGUGCGCCUUUCUUAUCGAUGCAAGCGCUUCACAUACUUCGCAACCUGUAUUUUAUCACGUCGCGUGUUGGCCAAAACACCUCCUCUCAACAUAUGUUUGUUACCUUAACAGCAGUGGAUAUUCUCGCGCAAUAUCCGGAUUUAAGUGAGAACUUCUUGAAAAGCAUCAAGCCAAAUGAACUCGGGCAAAUACCAGCUCAUCCUCUUGAGAGAUGCCUUGACCUAUACUUCUUGAACACGUCGGAACUCUUUACUCCCGUCUUGUCUUCGAAACUCAGCGAAGACCUUCUCAUCUGUGCCGCGGUUCCUUAUCUUCCAGCUGGAGGAGAUAAUAAUCUACUUGAGAUUUUUGAGGCUGCACAUAGCGUGGUUCUCGCGGUGUUCGCGAUACCGGGGAACGCACACGUCGCAGCCAAGCAUCUUCCGUUUUAUAUUGACAAUCUAUUUGCUGUAUUCCCUGAAAACCUGUCUAUCCGCCAAUUCCGCCUCGCUUUUAGGACCGUUCUCCAAGUCACCGCCCCUCCAUCGCCUAUUGCAAACACACAACGCCACCUGCCCUCUAUCCUACUUGAAGUCCUCUAUGACCGAGCACUACACGCCUCGGACAAGGUCUUGCCGCAACCGGCUGAUACUGGGGCUAACUUGGAAACCAGCAAGACACCGCCACUUUCGGAGCAAGCUGCUCUCACCCUUUCCUUGAUUGAUGGUCUCAGCUUCCUUCGGGUUGAAGACCUAGAAGAAUGGCUACCGUUGACAGCUCAAUUGAUCAAUGCCAUUCGUGAUUCUGAGAUGCGCACCGUCUGCGUCGAACGGUUCUGGGAAGCCCUGAGCAGUGGCGAGAUGGACGUCGAGCGUGCAUGCUACUGCGUGGCCUGGUGGAGCACUAAAGGUGGGCGUGAGCUUGUUCUAUUUGGAAACGACGCCGGUGCUACCGAGUCGGACAACCAGGGUCCUUAUAUGAGCGGUGCCGUGGGGGCAGUUGCUCCAGAACGGGAGAGUAAACUUUAGAUAACUUGAUUAUUUGUACAUAUUGGGAUUUGCUUGAAUUUUGACGUUAAAGCGCAUGGCGUUCGGCGUGGCAUUUGAUACAACAGCAAAUAAUUUUCACAGCUGCGUCUUUUC